AUGGAAUCACUCUAUUAUACAAACAACUCACCAUCAUUCAUUAGUGUACCAGUGGAUGAGUUCAAAUGUCUAAAGUUACAAACAUCGGAUAAUGGCAUUGCAGAGUUGAUUAUGACCAGCAAGAACAAGUUGAACUUGAUGACUGAUCAAUUCUUCAAUGAGUUUAUAGCAGCAUUUGACAAGAUACAGAAUGACAAGUCGAUUAGAGUUGUAAUAAUAUGGUCAGAUGGCAAGUUGUUCUCUGCUGGAUUGGACUUGGUCACAGCCUCCUCUUCAAUGAGCACAGACGACACACAAUCCUUUGCCGAUCAAGGUGUAGCCAUUUUCAAACUGGUCAGGAGAUGGCAAGCAUCAUUCGACAAGAUAAACAAAUGCUCCAAACCAGUGAUUGCAGCAGUACAUGGACAUUGCAUUGGAGGUGCUGUCGAUUUGAUAACAGCUUGCGACAUUAGACUGUGCACCAGUGAUGCUGCCUUUUCAAUUAAGGAAACAAAGUUGGCUAUUGUAGCCGACCUUGGCACACUCCAGAGAAUACAGAGGGUUUGUGGAACUGGAUUCGCUCGUGAGAUGGCAUUCACUGGCGAGCCCGCCAAUGCGUCCACCGCCGAGAAGUUUGGCCUGGUGAACAAGGUGCUCAAGGACAAAGACGAGUUGCUGGCCGAGGCCAGGAGCAUGGCUGCCAAGAUCGCUGCCAACUCACCAAUGGUUGUUCAGUCGACCAAACUGAUCAUGAACCAUGCACAAGAUCACACCAUAGACGAGGGACUCCUCCGUGUUGCUCUACACAACUCUAUAUUCCUAAAGAACGAUGAUCUAGUCGAAGCUGUCGGUGCCUUCACUGAGAAGCGUGCUCCCAUCUUCAAGAGUAGUCUAUAA